UUUCUUCAAAUUCCAUCGCUUUUGCUGAAGAAAUUGAAACUUUUAUUUUUUUACUUAUACGUUUUUUAAAUAAAUAAUAAUGUCUGACAACAAAGAUGUACCGAAAAACGAAAUGGACCCCGAAUUGGAUGACUUGCUGGAUAGUGCACUCCAAGACAUGACGAAGAAGCAAGAGCAAAGUGGAGAAAAUCCUGCUAAUACAGAUGGAGUGCCACAGAAUAUGUGGAGUGAAGAGUUUAUUAAAGAAGCAGCUGCUCAAUUUGAGAGCAAUAUGGCAGCCAUUUUGGGUAGUUUCAGUGGUGUGCCAGAGGACCAAAUCACUCAGGAACAAAUAGCGCAGACCUUCACAAAAAUGGCUGAAGCCGCUGCACAUGUAUUACAACCAGGCCCUCAAGCUGGUGACUCAGCAGUACCUGUUGCUGAAUCUACAGGAACUCCAGCAGUUCAAGAAAAAAUAGACGAGGUGUCUGUAGCAAUAUCCCAAACGUUGCAAAAUCUAAAUACAAACGCUGAAAAUCUUCAGACGCCAUUCUCGGAACAAGACUUGGCUAAUAUGUUCCAAAAUUUCAAUUUAGGCGAAGGUGCUGAACAGGAUGGCAACAUGUUCGUGCCCUUCAUGCAAGGAAUAAUGCAGUCAUUACUAUCUAAAGAAGUGUUGUAUCCAUCUCUUAAAGAACUAGUGGAUAAAUAUCCGGCGUGGUUGGCCGAUAAUAAAGGAAAAAUAGAGCAAAAGGAAUAUGAAAGGUUUGAGAAACAGUUGGAAUUAAUGCAACAAGUAUGUACUGAACUCGAGCCAGAAUUAGAGUCGGACACUGAAGACGUCAAGAGGAAAAGAUUUGAGAAAGUUCUAGAACUAAUGCAAAAGAUGCAAGAUUUAGGUCAACCGCCAACAGAAUUAGUUGGUGACAUUGGAGCUCCACCACAAGCCUUCGCCCCACCUAUGGGACAAGACCCCAGCCAAUGUUGCGUCAUGUAGUCACUAAUGACGGAAUAAUAUCUCGUCCUAUCUUAUGAAUAUACCACGAUACUUGUCGAUACUGAAAAAUAAUAAUAAUAUCGAUAUGUUGAUCGAUACUAUGGACGUUACUAGAUGACUAUUAGUAGGUGUUUUUGUGUCAUUCAGACAUGAAGGACCGUUGUAAUUUUGUAAUUCACAAAGUUUGCCUUAUCACAUUCAUUUUUUAUAUAGGCUAUUCGAUAUUAUUAUUAAUUUUUAAAAUGUCGACAGUAUCGAUAGUUUUAGUACUAAUAUACAACACUAAAAGAGAUCAGCAAUACUAUGUGAACAUUUCCUAAAGAAGAGUUCCAUUUUUGUCGUGUGAUACAUUCGGUGAAGUAUGAAAAAGACGGAUAUAGAUUAGAAACUGAUUUUUACGCAAAAAAUAUUGCCGUAAAGAAGUUCCUCGAUUGGGUUGAUCCUGUAAGUGUGAAAAAGAGGGUUAUAUUUAAGUGAUCAAAGAUGAUUCUUACAAAUUUUUGUAAACAAACUGACGGAGUUAAGGAUUGGCGCAGAUAUGCAGAGAGAGAGAAAGAAAAAUUACGAUAUAAAGUCAACCUUAUUUAAUGUGUACAGGGUUUAGAAUCACACAUAUGAAAUUGUACUUUUAUUGAUCUCGGUAUAUUUAUUUUCGUUAUAUAAAUUUCACCUCAUAAAAUUGAUAAUUCAAUGUAAGUUAAUAAGACGUCUAUACGUCACUCUUUCGGCCUUGAUCGCCAAACCAUAUGUAAAAGGAUAUGCAUGUAUGUGUAUCAACAUAUGAAAAAAUAUCAAAAAAGAGCUUUAUUACUUUGCACACUGUCCAAACAAUUCAUAAGGUAUUAAGUAUGCUAACUCACAGGACAUUGAAUUUUAGACUUUAAUGAAACUUGUAUAAUACACAAUUUUGAUCGCCUGUCUUUUUAUUGAUCUUUCUCUUAUCUGAAGAGUGCCAGCUCUUGUACAUUGGUGUUUAAAAUGAAAAAGUUGUAAAUCUAAAGUUAUAAUAACACUACAAUUGUUAUUCAGCGUUUUUACUAAAUAACUAUGUAAUUACGUAAAAGUGACGUCACACAAAAAUGUAAACCUGACGCAAGUAUGAUGGUGCUGUGCCGGUACCUUUGUGGUAUCUAAAUAUAUAAUUUACGCGAGUUUCGUAUUAGUAGUUAUUGUUAUAUACAUAAAGUCUUAUUUAUUAAUCAUUUAUGAUCUAUUCGUACAUCCAACAGAAUAACGUUAUUGCAUUUUUUUUAUUUUAGAGACGAAUCUUUCUUAGUGUUGAGAUUAAAUGUGUUUGUGUUAUUUAUUUGAAUGGAUAUUGAAAUGCCAUUUAUUGUUACGUCAUUAAGGCUUAAAAUCGUGUGAAGAAAUCUCACGUUUUGUUAUAAAGUAACCUGACUGUACAAUUUUCUGAUAGGUUUUUAGAUUGUGCACUCGCAUAUUAUGUAUUCGCUAAUAAUACGUUGCAUUUGAAGUGAGAGAUCUUUCUGUCUUUGUCACUCCCGUAAGCCGAUUACGGCUUGCUAGACGUUGACGUCACAGUCUAUUACAUCGAUUCCUGUCAAAUCCAGAUUUUAAACGUUCAUAUCUCAGUAAAUCAUGGAAAUUUCGUAAAUUAUGUUUUUUUAAACUCGACUCGAAAGUAUACAAGAAUGUAUAUUCCCUAUUAUGGUGUACUUACAAUGGUCGAUGAGGUUUGCGAGCGGGUUCCGGUAUUUUACUGUGGCGCCCUCUCAUUGAUCGGUUAUAUUUUAUUGAUACUUUUUACCAUUGUACUAUCUACCUAAAGUUAAAUAUUAUUAGUGUAGUGCGUUCCUUACACAUCAAUGGUGACAAAUCUUACUAAGAAAGGCGAAAGUUUGUAUGUUUGGAUGUGCGUUACUACUUGACGCAAAAACUACUGAACGGAUUUUGAUGGAACUUUGUAUACGGAUAAUAGGGAUGACGACUGGGUAAAAAAAUGCAAUUCUAUUUAGUCCGUCAGUCAGAUAAUAGAAAACUAUUAGAUGCGUAUUCAUUUUUUACUUCAAUUUAACAAGAAAUAGCUUAGAUAACAGGCAUUAAAGUUGAGGAGUGGGGGCUCGCUACGUCACAUUUGAGUAGAAAACGUACCAUAACGUGACGUCAUGCGAAAUUUCAACUCCAUGUAACGCCGCAAUUUUAUGAUUAUGAAAAAAAUACGUGUUUAAUAUUUUUUUAACACUACCUGACGGACAAACAAACAAAAAUUAGUCAUCAUCCCUAUUCUAAGCCUGGAUUAACAUAUAGGCUAUUUUUUAACACAAAUGAAACAGUUCCUUAGCGUUCACGCUGGCGAAGCUAGCUGGCGGAAAGCUAGUAUAUAAUAAUAUUGGACUUCAGAUAGAUAGUACAAUGGAAAAAUGACACUCGAAAACCUAAAUGUCACGAGAGUGAGAUAUCGUAUGGUCGCAUCUAGAAAAGUGCCAUUUGGAUGUAGACAAAAAGUUUUCGUAUUCAUCAUGCUACGAGUGCUGGUCGACUAUAUAACUGAGCCGUAACAUUAUUAUUUUGUUGGAUGGCCGAUGUAUAUCAUACAAAAACUUUUGGUUGACAUUGAUACUUUCGUCAACAAGUGAUGAGGGGUUAUGAAGCGGUGAAAAGUUUUGUUUGUCUAUUAAAACUAGUGUUUGGAUACGGUUUUUCUAAUUAUAGAAUGUUUGAUAUUUAUUUAAUUAGUAGUAGUUUGUAGUCGCUACAAAUUUAUUUCAAAAUAAAGUUACACCUAUGGCUUAUUGUCGUUAGCGGAAAAAAAAUGCGGUUUAUUUUUUACUGCAACCUCUGAACUCGGGGACUGCAUUAAACACUUAUGAUAACAAUAAAGACCAUUUUUUAAUGACAACAAAUAAUGGACAUUUUAUUAAAUUGGCGUCUCUAAGUUCAGUAUCUAACUUCAGUAUCCACUAGAAACAGUACGCACAACAAAAUAAUAUUGGCUAUAGAUAAAAAUGAUUUCAUCUGAAAAUUGAAAAAUCAAACUUUAAUCGUUUAAUAAGUCUUUGAUUCUAUAUUUUACUAAAAAUAAUAUCAUUGAAGAUAUGACGAUUAAACAGAUUAAAAUAUAACGAUCUUAUUUAUUAAGAAAUAGCAAAAGUUUCGUCAACUAAAAAUGUAAUUUAAAUAUAGUUUUUAUAUGAAAAUAAUCACAGGUAAUGUGGUAGCUACAAAGGUCGGAUUCGCUAAAAUAUAUUGUUUUGUAGUUGAUUUUUCACUAACUUAGGUAAAGAAAAAUUAUUUAUCAAAUACCAAAUCUGUACUUUUGGUUGUCAUUGUUUUCAUAAUCGGAUGAAUUAACGUAAUUAAAAAUGGGAAAAAUAUUUAGGUAUUGUGUCUAAAGUUCAAUUCACUUACGCUGUAUCGGACUCCCAUCAUUUUUUCUCAUGUCUUUUAGCUACUUAAUUUGGAAUUUGAGCACUGUAUAUUGUAUGAUAUUCAUUAUUAUUUAACUCUAAUUAAUCUCUCUGGUUCAAUUUAAGAUUGAGUAAUCGUUAAAAAUCGAUUGUCACAAGACGUUUUGUUCUUUUCUAUAUUUUUUUCUCUCAUUUUUCUUCUCUUUCAUGCUCACUCUUAUUAAAGCUCUUUAUAAAAAAAGUAUUGGUAUUUGAUAAAUAACUUAUUCGUAUUUGUCUUAUGUUUAGUGAAUGCGGUGUUAUGUGUUACUUUAUAUUUAUUAUUAUACAAUUUGAUAUUUAUUAGUUACUAUUGAAUUCCAUUUAUUUAAUAGUGAUAAUGAUUGUUAUAACCAUUUCGAUUAUGAUUAUUGACAAUUUAGUUUUUGAUUAUAUGUAAAAUUUUGUUGCACUUUUUCUAAACUUUGCGUUGUAUACCUAACCAAUGCUAUCAAAUCAAAUGGUUUAUAAAUCUCUUUGGUUCGAUAAAAACGCAUUGCACCUUUAAUCAAUGCUCAAUAGUACAGCACUGUGAUAGCAUAGUUUCGAUAAUAUGAAACCUCUUUUACCUUUUGAAAUAGUCGAUUAAAUGAAACCUCUUUUAAAGUAGGUUUUAUAUGAUGGAACUUCUAUGAAAUGACAGCGCUAUGCUCGAGGACGUUUUUAUGACAGAACAUUCACAGCAGAUUUAUAAAAAAAUGUCUAAAUUUUCAAUUGGUUUGAGGUCAUAAUGCGUUUUCUUAGAGUUCUAAAUUGACUGUAGAAAUUUAUCAUUGUUGGUGGCUGUUGUAUUAAUUUGUUUAGAUUUUGUAGAGUUGCUAAAUAACUCGAAGAUCUUUUUUGAUAGUUUAUACGAUUUUGUGCGCUAUUCUAAAGCACGUUAGGUUGUUUCUGCGACCAAAUUAAUAAUGAACUUUGAAAAAACUCCGAGCCCGGUUUUAAGGUGUCACAAUCUGAGAUUUUUCCCGGUUAGCACAAUGAUAUUCUAUUAUCAACUUUUAUAUAUUUAUUCGGGUCCAGGUGUUGUGUUACCUUCGUCCUUCUUUCUUUCUUAUUUGGAGUCUGAGCAAUGUUAUCCUAUGUUUAUUUAUUAAGGCUUCAAAGGAAAAUUUGCGGUUGGAAGUUUCCUAGUAAUAUUUUAUGUGUCAUUUCCAAGUAAAUAUCUACCUGAUUUCGAAGUUUCUGACCAUGUAACUAAUUUAGAAAAUGUGAAACAAAAUUGAAAUUAAAACAUUAUUUUGUAGUGCCAAAGAUGUUUUAACAAAGUGCGUAAUAAAUUCAGUUUUUUUAAACUAAACAUAUGUUUCAUUCAAUUUUCUUAUAGUUUGGGUUCUUUUAAGAAU